CACGAUUUUUUUUUGGAUUUUUCCCCACAAUUGGAACCAAAUUAAAACCAUAAAUAAAAUGAAACUAAUCACUUUGCAUAAACGAAACGCGUACAUUCAGUACAAACAUACGAUUUGUUCGUGGGCUGCAAUAUUUGUGUUGCUGGCAACGAUUCUCACAGUUAUUCUACCAUUCUAUUUUUCCUUCUAUCUAUUCAACGAUAUUUGGUCGCAAUAUAAAAUCGUUUACGAGCAUCCAGAUGUGAAAUUUCAAUAUAAGUAUAUGUUCGUUGCCGAGUAUGGUGCUUCAAGUGCAGACAAUGAGAACUCUCACGAUUCGACCAUCACCGCAUGUAGCUCUUACGAAUAUUUGAAUGAAUUAUUUGAAGAUUUUUCCGAGUGUUCAAUGAUAAAGUUCUGGGAAAAAGACUCGGAUUUUGACCAUCGUACUGAUCAUAUGGCGCUUCAACUCACCUUUAAACCACCACAAGGAUAUGCGCUCAACAAUUUUAACCUUUUUUUGGAAUUCUACGCUAAGCUGAGUCGUCAGUGUCAUUUGCAAAUCCCAGCAGCACUUCUUUUUCAACAGAUGCAAGUUCCAUCUAAUUUCCGUACUGGAGAAAUAUUCAUUGAAUCCCAUCUGGAAUUGGUUCAGCGUACCGGAUUCCACUGCCCGUUCUUUUUAAGACAAAUCAAGUCUCAUUUCUAUCACACAAUCAUUCCCGAAAACAGUACAAAUCUGAGAGACUACGAAAUGGUUGCUAUUCGCCGAAAGUUGAAAAAUAAUCCGGCAUACAUAAGCGUUGAUCAAUCGGCCAUCGUAACACAUUGGAACCGAAUACCAUCUAGUGAUAUUGUACUAAACAUCGAUCUGCACAUCGAUGAAAUGGGCAGCCGGUAUCACACCUCAUUCUGGCAACGACUUGGACAAAUUUGGAUUUACUAUUUGUCAAUAUUCUUGGUGUGCGCAUACGUGAUGGAGAAGCUAAAGAGCUACAUAUUUUCAAGACAAAUGAUUCGAGCAUGGGAGAUUAUACCGUGGAAAAAACUUUAUUGA